CCGCUGUUAACACACUGGUAGGUAGUGCGCAGCAGUAAAGGCCUCCGUGCACGCGGGUCGUAGUGAACAUACAACAGGUGUCCCGCGAUCUCGGCGCUCUCCUGCGCGGUACCGGUUCGACGGUUUUCCAUUUUGCUCUCUCGGUGUUUAUACUCCCCGUCGCCUUUCACUCCGGAACGGAGUGUGCGAGAGCAGCGGAGGUAUACGAGAGCGAGGCGAGCGUGAACGCGAGCGAGCGAGCAAGCGAAGCGCGUGUGGUGAACUCGAAGCGUGUAAGGAUCGGCGUAACAUGAUGUCGGAGACCGUGGUGACGAUGGACGGCUCCAGCAACAACACCAGCAACAAUCCGCGCCAAGUGCCAACGGUGAAGACGGAACCGGGUCAGCCGAAUCCCCUGGCCGGUAUCCGAUUAAACGCGCUUUAUUUCAAGACUAUACCCGGCAUCAUCAAACUGGUGCAGCUGGGUCUGGGAAUAAUAUGCAUGGCAUGCGCAUCCCCGGCGUAUAUUGGUGCGACGCACUGGUUUCUCUUUGUUGUGGUAAUGUCUUUCAUAUCCACACUUAUAUGGUGCGCCGUUUACUUCUUGUCUCUGCGAGAGACACUCAAAAUACCCAUUAACUGGAUUCUAACUGAACUACUAAAUACGGCCAUUAAAACCGUGCUUUACAUGAUCGCAUUCAUUGCCCAACUGUCGGCUUGGACUGCGCUUAGAAAUUCAUCAUCGCACAUUGCUGCUGGGAUAUUCGGUAUUUUCAAUACUCUUGCGUAUGCCGCCGGAACUUAUUUUCUGUACAUUGAGUGGAAGAGCACUAACACGCAGUGAGAGAGCACUCAUCGCAAAGAAGAAGCCAAGGUACCUGAAGAGCAUACAACAACAACAACAACAGAAUUGCCGCGACCAGGCUCGUGACUUCUCAGCGUCCGUCCAAGGAGAUUUUGGCAUGGAUCCCAAGAUCAUGCUCGACAAGAAAGUGAGCGCUGGGAGAGACGGUUCGAAACUAGUCCGGCGUAAAUCCUCUUCGUGUGUAGCUUAAAAGAAAGACUUUGUACCUUACGUGCCUUAUGAUUAAGUUACUUCGCGAUCGUCGUCGUUCGAGCAAAAUACGCUGCCGUGUUUCGAAGAAAAAGCCAAAAGUCGCACGAAAAGAUCACAUUCAGAUAUUAUAUUGUGUAUUUAAAGAGACAAUAAUAUGUUACUCUCGUAAGUAUACGCAACGUGCCGUUGAACUGAAACCUAUAAUCUUAUGCGGCCUUUUUGUACAAGAAACAUAAUGAAAACACUGAAAUUGCACUGAAAUAAUUUCUUUCCAAAUUACUCCAGUAAUUGAAGUAUCAGUGCACUUUUAUUUGAACAAAUUACAAUGCUGCGAUUCUAGGCAAAAUUGUAAGACUCGUAAAAACUUGCGAAUCGAAACUGCAAUUCUACGCGUACUUUUGUUUUACGAUCAUUCGCAAAUAUCUCCUGAGUCUUGCUGUUAACAAUAUGGUUCGUGAAUCUACACGUAACUCUCAAUGAGAGUUCAAUGUACAAAUGUGAAGUUCAUCGCUCAUAGUAAUUAUGAACAUAAAGGCGCAAAAUCGUUUACGUAGACCUAUUACUCAGUUUGUUACGAUUGCCUUGAAAGUUUUACGAUUUUAUGAUUUAUUAUUUAUGCAUUGCUUAGAAUUUCAGCAUUUUAACUUUAACUGAUCACGGUUGAUCGUGGAAACAAAUAUGUUAAUUUACUUAGAAUUUAUACAUGAGAAAGUCAUGAUUAUUUAAUUAUAUAUAUAUAUUAUAUAUCUUUCCAAAAUAUCUCUUUGUUUAAUCUUAUGAGACUGUUAUUAUUUCAUUUGUACUUUAUUUCUUCAAUCACACAUAGUUUCGGAAGACGACGAGAUAAGUAUCUAGUGUUAAGAGACGUCGAUGCGCGAUAAGUUUGUGAGGGAUUUAAUAUCAUUUUUUUACAACAACACUUUGAAGAAUGUAGACAUUUAGUUUUCAAAAUAUUAACAAAGUUCUUGGGAUGUCACAUUUCCAUUUUCUCUUGUAUCAUUUGAUGCUCAGUGUUUUAAUCGAAAUUACUUCUUAAGAUCACACUAAACGAUUAUCUAUACGCUGAUCAAUUUCGGGCCAACAUUAGUUUACAAAACUUUUGGCGGUUCCAACGGAAUAACUUUUCGUGCAUCUGACGAACACGUGCGAGCGUAAAAUGUCAUUUUUUUAAUUGUACCUUUGCGCACUUCCGUGAAAGAUUUUAUUUAUAUACACGUGUAUUUCUUUAUAU